AUGACAGACAAUUUCUAUUCAUUUGAUGAUACAGAUGCUCUUUUAGCUUCUUUAUCUAGCUCUUCAGCAACCACACUUUCACCUUCUGAUAAUGGUGAAUUCAGCAGCGGUAAUAGCGCUAAAGCUUCAUCUUAUGGUUAUUCACCUGAAAAUGAUUUCCUAACAGAUGAAUAUUGGGGUAAUCAAGUUGAUGGUCAAGACUCAAAGACUUUAAAUGAUGAUUUUUAUUCAAAAGAUUUUGUAAAUUUUGAUGGUGAAGACAAUUCCAAUAUUAAAACUGAAAUUCAAAAUGAUAAUGGAUUCCAAUUUAACAAUAAUGAUACUACUACAUUUGAUAUUCCAAAGAUAAAUACUGAUCUUAAAUCUCAAGAAUCUGAAACGCCGUCACAAUAUAAUGAUAAUAAUCAAUUACCACAAUCUCAAUCUUUAAAGAAAGAAUCAUCAUCAGAAGAAAGUGAUUUCUCACCAGAAGCUACAACAACUACAUAUUCAUCAUCUGCAUCAGCAUUAAAGAAAACAAUAGGUGAUAAUAACAAGAUCACUAAACCAAAGAAAACCAAAGCUACACAUAAUGUUAUUGAAAAAAAAUAUAGAACAAAUAUUAAUUCCAAGAUAACGGCUUUAAGAGAUGCUGUCCCUUCAUUAAGAUUAGCUGCAGGUGAUGUAAAUACUACUUUAAAUGAUUUGGAUGGGUUAUCACCAGCUGCAAAAGUUAAUAAGGCAAUUGUUUUAGAAAAAGCUACUGAAUAUAUACAACAUCUUGAAAAGAAAAACAUGAUAUUAUUAAGAGAAAAUCAACAAAUGAAACAAUAUUUGGGUAGUAUACCAGCUCAACAACAACAUUAUCCUUCACAUUUCAAUCAACAAAUUCCACUUCAGCAGCAGCAACAACAACAACAACAACAUGAUAACUUCCAACCUGCAACUUAUAAUGGUCAACAAGUAAAUGUUGCAAAUGCUCAACCUCAACAGCAAUAUCAAAUGGGUGUACCAGCUCGUGUCUUGAUGGGAGGUAUGGCAACUAUGGUUGGUCAUAACAUGUUUAAUGGAGGUAAUGAUUUUAGUGAUUAUCGUGGAUUAUCAGCUUUCCCAAUAUUGGGUAAUCCACUUUUUGCCAAACUAUUACAUAUUAUUCAAUUUUCCUUUUUAGCUUCAUCAGUUGUUUCUUUAAUUUUCCCAUCAAUCUUUGCUUCAUCAGAUUCAAAUCUAACGGAUAAAUCUGGUAAACCUCAACAAACAAGAUCAUCAAUUACUUUACUUGAAUGGUAUGAAUUAGUUAAAGAAUUAGUAUUUAUUAGAAUUGGUUCAAAGAGUAAACAUUCUGCAUCAGGUAAUGAAAUUGAUACUUUAGUUAAUCAAUCAUUAUUAGGUAAAUUUGGAAACAAUUCAUAUUUCAGUUUAGUAUUUUUAUUAUUAAGAUUAUUCACUUAUGAAACAUCAUAUGAAGUAUCAUUUGCUAAAUUAGUAUUGGCCAAAUUAAUUUUAACAUAUUCUGAUUUUUCAUUAUUUUUCAAUUUAAAUUCUUUAGUGGAAUUAAGUAUUUCUGAAGUUGCUAAUCAAAAAGUUUCAGAUCCAGCUUUAAGACAUUUUUUUAAAGAAUUAAAAAGUCCAUUGGCUAAAGAUUCAGAAGCUUUCAAAAGAUUAUUAAAUGUUGUUACUGGUUUACCAAUCAGUACAAAUUGUGAAAGAGGUGUUGAAGAUAAAGGUUUCUUUUUAAUUUUAAGAGAUGAUAGAAUUUCUUUUGAUUAUAAAACUUUAUUGGUUAGUUUUAGAGCUAAUGAAGUUUUCCGUGAAGUUUUAUUAGAAUAUAUUAAUUUAACUUUUAAUAAAGAAGAAAUCAAUAAAUUAGAUAAUGAUGAACUAAAAGAAGGUAAAAAGGAAUUAUGGAAUAAAUUAAUUUCUGCUGAAAAUUUAGCACCAAAAAGAUCAGUUGUUGAUAUUAGAAUCAAAUUAUUUAAAUCAAUUUUGAAUGAAAAAUAUGUUGAUGGUGUUUUGAAAUUAGUUAGUGAAGAAUCAAAAGCAUAUACAUUAAAUCAAAAAUUGAAUGGUAAUGAAUCAAAUACUAAAUCAGGUGAGACUAUAUCAAGUCCAGUUGAAGAAGAAGAAGAAGAUAUCACAACAUCAAAAGAAGAAAAUGUUGAUGGAGAAGAUUUAGAAAAAACUGAUGAACAAAUUUAUGAUUCUGAUGAAUAUUUUGAAGAUUCUGAUUUUGAACCAGAACCAAUUACACCUUCAAAUAGUUUUGAUAAUUCUAAAAAAAAUAAAAUUACUGAACAACCAUUAAUUAAUGCUAAAUUUCAAAACUUAUUAUCUCAAGAUUUAUUUAAUGCAUUAGUUUGUUCAUCAAUUUUAAAAUAUGCACAUGCUGAUCAACAUGAACAAGUUUCUAAAUUGUUGAAAUAUAUUAGAUUCAAUAAAGAUGAAUUGACAUUAUUAUCAUUCAUUUCAUUAUAUAAAUUGAUUCAAAAAUUUCCAAAAAAAUGGGUUGAAGGUAAAGAAGGUCAAGUUAUUGAAAAUUUAGUUGCUCAUUUAAGAGUUUGGAUUGGUGAUUCUAGUAAUGGUAAUUUUAAUGAUUUAAAAGAAGUUGGCUUACAUUUGAAAAGAGAAAUUAGUGAUGAUUUAGUUGAAACUGGAAAAUCUUUUAAUGAAUUAAAUUAA